CUCUUGGGCCUUGGGGAUAGGACUUGGGACUUUGGAGUGCCUUCCUCUGUUGGCGCAGUCUCAUUUUCCGUAGCACCGGAGUAAAGCUUGUAGAGACUGCCAUGAAAACAAACAUGGCGGCAGCAAUGGUGAACGUACCGACAUUCAGACCCUCGUCACUGCCACGUCCAUCCUGUUACUCGAUACAUUACCAUUUCCGUCACACAACUGUCUCUAUUACACAAAUAUCAACAACGAAUUCAAACCCCAGGAGUAAUAAAUCAAUUAGGUUUCCAGCUAUCUCUUGUUGCUUCAACUCAACUACCGAGGAUUCGACGGUAUCAUCGUCAUUAUCAUCGCCGGAUAACGCGUCAGCGCCGCUUAAUGAGCGGAAGCCUGUGAGAAAGUACCAGCGGAUGUUUAGGAGGAAGCAGCCUGGAGAAGAGGGAGGUAUCACCGAAGAAAUGAGAUUCGUUGCUAUGAGACUCCGUAAAAAGAAACCUGAUCAUGAGCGUCGCAAGUUGGAUGACAACGAUGACAACAGUGAGACGGAAGAUGACGAUUCUGGUAACAGUGAUAGAGAAAUUGACGGAUCUGAUGAAGAUGAUGGUGGAACCGAUAAUGAGGACUCUGGGACGUGGGAACCUGAUCUGCGCGGAUUAAUGAGUUUUCUGGUUGAAAAUCGGCAUGUAUUUAGCACGAUUGAGCGGUUGGUCGAAGAGUCGCAAGAUGUAUCUUUUGCCUACUUCAGAAAGACUGGAUUGGAAAGAAGUGAAAGUUUUACAAAGGAUAUAGAGUGGCUUAGCCAGCAGAAUAUACAAAUCCCGGAUCCUCAAAGCCCUAGUGCAAAGUAUGUAAAGUAUUUAGAAGAACUUGCAGUGAAGAAUCCUCCUUUCUUUUUCUGUCAUCUCUACAAUAUUUACUUCAGCCACAUAGCAGGUGGACAAGUGAUUUUAAAAAAGACAUCUGAAAAGAUACUAGAAGGAAGAGAACUGGAGUGUUGCCAGUGGCCAGGGGACCCUGAAGAGUUAUUAAAGGAUACGAGAGAGAAGCUGAAUGCUCUAGGACAGCAUUGGCCACGAGACGUGAAAGCUAAAUGCUUAAAAGAAGCAAGCAAGUCAUUCAUGCAUAUGGGGGCGAUAGUUCGGCUCAUGAUCUCUCCAAAAGUAAAACCCUAAUUAGUUGGUGUCUAUAAGAAUGAUGUUUUGUAUGAGGAUUUUGAAUUCCAAAGAUACUAUAGAAUGCUAAAUCAACUGGAAUUUGCAUA